AUGCAUGUGUUGGUGGGACUAGCAUUCGUGAGGACCAGUGCACCCUUUCAUCUGGUGUCCAUGUUGUUGUUGGCACUCCUGGUCGUGCAUGACAUGCUGAGGAGGAAGGCUCUUAAAACGGACAUCAUUAAAAUGAUUGUAUUGGAUGAGGCCGGUGAAUUGCUUUCACCUGGCUUCACAAACCAGAUUUACAGAAUUUUCCAGCAGUUUCCAUCCACUAUCCAAGUUGGAAUCGACUCAGUUACAACACCCCCUGAUGCCCUUGAGUUUAUCAAAGAUUUUAUGAAGAAGCCAGUUAGGAUCUUGAGGAAUUGUGAUGAACUAACUCCUCAGGGCAGCUAA